AUGGCCCGCAAGCUCUAUUGGCGAUAUAUAUACGUUGUGAGAAAUGAGAAUGGUGAGGAGAUAGCUGAGGUCCCCACCUUAGAGGCUGCCUUGGCGAUGGUGGGUGGCAACUCUAGUGGAGGUGACGCCUGCUGUGUAAUGGCACUAAAUAAUGGGAGCCACCAGGUCCCUGAGAGCCAAAACGACUCUGAGGAGAGCAGUAGGGACCCGAACUCCUCUUCCUCGGAACCUCACCAGGAGGAGCCAAAGAGACGGCGAACCACAUUCCAGUUCACACUGGGGCAGGUCGAGGAAAUGGAAAAGAUAUUCAAAGAAACCCAGUACCCAGAUGCGCUUGCCAGAAAAGAACUUGCAAAUGCUUUGAAUGUUACUGAAGUCAAAGUGAAGACAUGGUUCGUCAAUCGAAGAGCUGAAGAGAGAAAGAGUGCAAGGCGUGUAAUAUUACAGAGCAUACCUCCUCGUAUUGAAAGGGUCCUUCUCUUUAGGGAGAGGGACGACAAUCCUUAGAGUGCAAUCUUUGUUCAGGAGCUAGAGGGCAAAUUGGUGACACAUGUACUCAAUGUCUAGCUUCACUAAAAUUCAGCACUCAUGUUAUCAAUAAAAUGACGAAUUUCCAAGUUA